UCUGCUGUUCUCUGUCACCCCGGACACACACACACAUACACACACACAUACACACACAGGAAGAGAUCGCAGGGCCCAGAUAGCAGGCACACGCAGAAUUAGGGGCCCCGGGCAUCAAAUUAAAUUAGGGGCCCCAGAGAUCGAGCUGAAUUAGGGGCCCCACCCAGUGAUCGGGCUGUAUCAGGACCAUGUCGGACCCCGCAGUCACCGCCUAUCUGACCAAGCUGCUUUGUGUGCACGGCGGCCGGCUGGAGAGAAAUCGUCUGCCCGAUCUCCUGAGUCUCCCGGAGGAGCAGAUCGAACAGAUCCUACAGGAUGAGCCGCUCAGGUUCCCGCAGAGCUCCGAACUGGUCCUGGCCCGGACCCCCCUGAGGAUCUGUACCCGAUACCUGAGACCUGGGGACCAGGAGGACGAGGAGGGGUGCCCAAGAUUGCACCUGUGCCGACACUACCUGAGGGGCCAGUGUCCCCCCGACCGGAGGCCUCGCUGCAGAUUCUCUCACAAUGUUGAAUCUGAGCACAAUCGUGCCGUGUUAAGAGACAACGAGCUGAGCGGACUGAAUGAGGAUGAGAUCAAAGUUCUGCUGUUCCAGAAUGACAACCAGUUGCUGCCAGAGAAAUGUCAGCAAUACAAGCAGGACAGCUGUGACCAAGGAGAGGACUGUACACGUCUCCAUGUGUGCAGUUUCUUCGCCCAAGAUGGCUGCAACCGCCGUUUAUGUAGAAGAUCGCACAAUCUCCUGAACUCCAAAUUACUGCUUACCUGCAGUUGGCUGAACCAAGAGACCAUCCAGAACUUUCAGAUGCUCUGCGUGCUGAAAAGCAUCGAGAGGCAACAGGCACCUAGGGAGGGGUCACAAAAUGAGGCGCCUAGGGGUGCGAGAGGAAUGUCACGGGGAAGAGGGAGAGGAAGGCCAGGAUAUAGAAGAAGAGCUGGAUCUCAAGACUUGCUGGACAGCAGGAGAAGAGACAGAAGCAGUGAAGCACCUUUAGGGUCCCACCCUCGCUGGCGUUCUAGUAGCCGCCCACCAUCGCAGUGUAGAAUGGGACAACGCUCGGGUGACGAAGAUCACAAUGAUAGUGACGGCAGUAGUGACCAUGGCAGAUAUCCAAAAUCAAGGCUUGACAAUCUAAUGGACGAUUGGUUUACGCCAGGUCCAGAGCCAUCAGGAAAAGCACAAGUCAGAUCGGUUGGGGUUACACCGCCGGAAGGAAUAAGAUCUGCACUACCUAAUAAAGGCCAUGUGAUGUCAUCUAGAGCUGAUAAGCCAUUACAAUUUACGCCUCUCCGUCAAACUGAACCAAUAAAAUCUAGAUUAACCUCUGAGUUCUCUAGAACAUCAUACAACACUCAGAACGCUGAUUAUAAUUCUUCAAAUGCUGCUGGUGCAACACCAGUGCCGUUUCUUAAAUACCACCCUCAUGCACCCUACCCAGGUGUUUCUCAGGCGAGACCAGAAGUUCCCCCUAGAAUAGAGCAUUCAGUUUCUCAUCCAACAUCGCAUACUAAAUCCAGCAGCCCAACACUUACAACCUUACAACAGAAGAGUGUAACAAGCCUUACUUCACCACAACCCUCAACAAUUUCGAGCACAUCUAGUUCUUCAAGGCAAUAUCCAACUAUUCCUUCAAAGCCAAAUAAUGCAUUGAUUUCAUCAUUAUUAAACAGGCAGGUGCAGCAUUCUACAGGAGGUUCAUCUAGUGCUGAAGCAAGGGUCAGUCCAUCUCCAUCCAAUCAUUCAGAGAUCACUUCCACAAAACGUCCAUCUACUCCUAAUCAAAAAACACAUAUGGAACUGGGUAAGGUCCUGGAUUCUUCAAUGGCAAGGCUAUCCAUUGCUCCAUUAACGCCUUCAAAGGCAGCAUUGUACACUACCACAGAAAUGUCUUCUAUAGCUCAACCCAAACCAGCCACCUCUGGUCAUAUGGGAGCAUCUUCAAGUUCAUAUAAUGCUUUUGUUGAAGCUGACCCACCCUCCAGGAAACUUCAAGCUAAUGUAAAACCAAUCAUUAAAACCGACACAACAGGUGGUGCCCAAUAUUCACAAACUGAUAAAGAUUUUGAGCUCUUUUGUCAGUCACUAAAGGCAACCAACUCUACAGCUUCAAAACCUCAACCGUCCACCACUAUUCCUUCUGUAUCACCUGGAAAAUCAUCACUAGAGAAAACACCAGAAAUUUGUCUUGACCAUAUCUGGAAGCACUGCAGUCUGGAAGGUAAGUGCCCUAACAUGCACUACUACUUACCAUACCGCUGGCAGGUGUUCAAUGGAAUAGAUUGGGAUGACCUUCCUAAUAAAAUGGAGGAUAUAGAGAGGGCUUUCUGCGAUCCCAUAAUUGACAGGUACCGACUGCUGAUCGACUUUCAGGCCAUGAAAUCUGGUUCCCAGCCAGUCCGCAGGCUUACAACCCCAUCAUCUGUUACCCAGCCCCCAGAAUACGUACUGACCACUGAGUGGUGUUGGUACUGGAAGAAUGAGUCUGGUACCUGGACUGAAUAUGGGCAACUGAACACAGAGAACAUGAGUGCCACCAUUCAAUCAUCAGAUCUGGAGACCAUCUACCUGGCUGACCCCAAUGAGACGAUCCCUUUUACUGCUGGAAACCAGACCUACAUUAUUGACUGCCGAGAGAUGAAGCAAAGGAACCUUAUGUUUAAGACCGAGAGGGAAGUGCGUCGGAGACCUAAAUUCCUCGAUUUCCAGAAUGUGAUUAUGUUGAAAGGAAGCACAAAAUCUUCUACGGACAGCGUAAAGCAGACACAAUCUGAUCCCGAUCUCAAGAAUAGGAUCGAUCCACCACAGUCAAGGUUGGAGGUGGUGCCAGAAAACAGAUACACGAAAAUUAUUAUACUCCAGGGUUCCAGCGAGUUCACAAGCAUUGUUGCAAUGUUCAGCAAGACAGUCUCCAACCAUACAGUGAAAAAUGUUUGGAGGGUUGAGAAUUCCAACCUAUGGAUGCUCUAUAAUAGGCAAAAAGAUCAGAUGAAGAAGAAAUUGGCCAACACUGUGGAUGAGCACCGGCUGUUCCACGGUACAAACCCUGCGGACAUUGAUGUCAUCUGCAGCCAGAACUUUGAUCAGAAGAUCUGCGGCACUAAUGGCAUUGCGUACGGACUCGGAAGUUACUUUGCCAGAGAUGCGUCAUACUCCCACAAAUACUCCAUACCCACCUCUGCAGGAACGCGGACCAUGUUUUUGGCUCAUGUGCUUGUGGGUGAUUUUACAGAGGGGAAUCCUACGCUUUUAUGCCCACCACAGAAAUAUGGAAGCAGUCAGAGAUAUGACUCCUGUGUAGACAACAAAAACAAUCCAUCUGUUUACGUGGUGUUCGAAAAGGACCAGGUCUACCCGACGUACAUUCUGGAGUACGAGGAACGGAAGACACCGUGCUUUGUUAACUGACAGGUGGCAAGAAAAAUUCUUAAUGUUUGGAUGAUGAGAGAAAUUAUUCAUAAAACACAGGUUGCAAUAAAAUGAGAACCAAUGUUG